UACACUUGCGACCAGUCCUCCAUACAACUGGAACAUAACACGGAAACCCCAACCCCAAAAUGCGAAAUCAAGAAAACCAAAUUUUUCCAUUUUACAUUGAAUGAAAUAUUAACUCUUCUGUGCGCAGCUUUUUUACCCAUAGUUCUUGGUAUCUAUGCUGCAAUAACCACUGCACAGGAAGGAAAAGUGGCUGAUGAAAGACGACAAUUUGAUUUGGAACAAGCAGCUGAAUUCAGACAACAAGCGAUUUAUGAUAAAUUUUUAGAUGAUGUUUACAAAUUAGAGAAAGACGGUUAUUUAAAUGAGGAAAAAAAUCCAUGGGCAUUUGCCAAUGCUCGUUUUCGUGCUGCACAUCGCGAAUGGGAUGCUAUACGUAAAGCAGAUAUUUUGCAAUUUCUCAAAGAAAACCAAUUAAUUGGUAUAAAACCAAGCAUUAAAAAUCGUGCAGUUAAGAAAGGUGAUAAUAUAAUUCGUCUAAAUGAUUUAAACUUCGAUAAUAUAAGUUUAACAAGUCCAACUGGUUCAUUAAAUUCAUUAAAUCUUGAAUAUGUUGUAUUCGAUCAAGUAUCAAUGAUCAAUGCUCGAUUCUCAUUUGUCAAUCUGAGAGAAACAUCAUUUAGCCAUUCACGAUUAAAUAAUGUCACGUUUUCAGAUUCAUCAUUAGCUUAUGCUAGUUUCGACAGUACAGAAUUGAAUGGAACAGACUUUGGUAAUACAAAUAUGAUAGGUGUGGAAUUUUCCAAUAUUGAUUUGUGUACAACAACAUUAACAGAAAUACAACUGCAACAAAUAGUAUUUACAAAUAGUAUAUUACCAAACUCAACAAUAUGCGGACAAGAAAAAACAACCAGCAGUAAGCUAUUCAAUUUACGUCACAUAUCAACUGAAAACAUAAUUCUUUUCUAGCACCAAGCAUAAUAACGAUAUCGACAACAGAAGAACUUCCUACAUCACAAUCAAGUAAGAAAAAAAAAUUAGUGCUAAUUUAAAUAGAUUUUUGAGAGAACUAAUAUCAUAUAGUUCGUGAUUAUUAUCGACUUCUAGAGAAUGAAUUCCAUAAAUAAUUAGUUUAUCAUGUAUAUCGAGUCAAAUCAUUCAAUCAAUGAAAAUGUUUUUUUCUUUGGUAUUUUUCGCUGCAACAUCAAUUGGUGCUAACUAAAACAUUUCAUCGCUUUUUUAAAAUACUUUGACGGUUGAUGGAAUAUCGCCACUUACGAGGGAACAUUCCCAACUGUCACAUCGCUUUUGAGUCGAGUGUAUGUGCACCAUGUAGGCCCUAAUGAUCUAUGAAUACUCUGAAAAAAGUUCGUGCUGUUAACUUAUUACUGCCGAGAUAUUGCAUUUUUACUGUAUGUUUAAGCAAAA